UAGUCUGCAGUUAGUCGACAACAAGUUUGAAGUGCUCGGUCAUUGUUGUGUUCAUGAUUUUGUGAUUUUUAGAGACUGUUACAAUGAAGAUUUUACUCCUGUUCGUGUUCGCGGCGUUAGCCCUCACCAAUGAUGCACUCAUUCGAAUUCCCUUAAAGAAAUUCCGUUCGAUCAGACGUGAGCUCACAGACUCAGGGAAGAGACCAGAGGAGCUCCGGGCCGACAAGCACUCCCUUAAGUACAACUUUGGCUUCCCCGCCAGUAACACACCCACUCCAGAAACCCUGAUGAACUACCUUGACGCCCAGUAUUACGGUGAGAUCGGCCUGGGGACUCCUCCUCAGCCCUUCACUGUGGUGUUUGACACCGGCUCCUCCAACCUGUGGGUGCCCUCCGUUCACUGCUCCCUCUUAGAUAUCGCAUGCUUGCUCCACCACAAAUAUAAUUCUGCAAAUUCCAACACAUACGUGAAGAACGGCACCGCCUUCGCCAUCCAGUAUGGAAGCGGCAGUUUGUCGGGCUACCUCAGCCAGGACACGUGCACAAUUGGAGACAUAUCGGUGGAGAAGCAGGUGUUCGGUGAAGCCAUCAAGCAGCCCGGCGUCACCUUCAUCGCAGCCAAGUUUGACGGGAUCCUUGGCAUGGCGUACCCACGCAUCUCUGUCGACGGCGUGGCUCCAGUCUUUGACAACAUCAUGAGCCAGAAGAAGGUGGAGCAGAACGUCUUCUCCUUCUACCUGAACAGGAACCCGGACACGCAGCCCGGCGGUGAGCUGCUGCUCGGAGGAACAGACCCCAAAUACUACAGCGGGGAGUUCAACUACGUCAAAGUGACCCGUCAGGCCUACUGGCAGAUCCACAUGGACGGGAUGUCCGUGGGCAGCCAGCUGGCUCUGUGUAAGAGCGGCUGUGAGGCCAUUGUGGACAGCGGGACGUCUCUGAUCACUGGACCCGCCACUGAGGUCAAGGCCCUGCAGAAGGCCAUCGGAGCCACGCCACUCAUCCAGGGAGAGUACAUGGUGAGCUGUGACAAGGUCCCAACGCUGCCCGUCAUCACCUUCAACCUCGGCGGCCAGGAGUACUCUCUGACUGGAGAGCAGUACAUCCUCAAGGUAACUCAGGCUGGAAAGACCAUGUGUCUGAGUGGCUUCAUGGGUCUGGACAUCCCGCCACCCGCCGGGCCCCUGUGGAUCCUGGGAGACGUGUUCAUCGGUCAGUACUACACCGUCUUCGACCGGGACAACAACAGAGUGGGCUUCGCCAAGUCCAAGUGAGCACAUUGUGCACUAAAGCUACAAAAAAAAAAAUCCAGGAGACAACAAAUCUGAGCUGCACACGUUUUCUGUUGCUUUGCAAUCGAACAAUAUUUAGCAAUAGAUUUUGUGUAGAGCCUAAAUGCACUGAUCUGAGUAAUUUGUGAGAUUUCCAGCAGAGUGUGAGACAGAGUGGGUUUGAACGGUUGUGUGAGGGGUGUUUGUGAUCAGCUGAUUGUACCGGUACUGCCCUUUUUAAACAUCAAGUGAUCUGUUUGGGUUUUUUCAAUCAGGGAUUUGUUUUAAAGAGAACACUUAAUUUGAAUUUCAGGAGGAAGUUGUUCCUUUGCUACUGACUUUGACAUGUAUCUUAAUGUGAUUGGCCUGAAAAAAUAAAAUAAAGUUUUUAAAAGUA